GUUCGACUCGACGUUUGUCUUGUUUGUUUGUUUGUGUCUGACAGUGCACCUCCAUAUGAUUAUAUGGGUUUGUUCGUGUCGGAUGUCGUGUUCGAUUGCUGCUAGAGCGCCGCCUUACGGUGCACCUCCAUAUACAGUAGAAUGUCGAUUAUCCGGGGGUGGAUUAAUCGGUGGGCGAUUUAACCGUACGCAUACAUUUGACCGUACGCAAUUCAAUCAUGGUGAACAUUUGCAGUGAUAGUUAGGUAGGUGUUGUUUGUAAAUAGAAACUGGUGUACAGGGAUUAACAGAUGUCAGAACAGAAACGAUAAAAAUCAUUCUUCUAAAUACAUACACCUUGAUCCAGUCCCAUGCUGCCCGGAUAAUCGAUGAUCUACUGUACAUCACAUACGUUUGUUUGAGUUGGAUGUCUUGCUUUAUGGAUGGUCGAACGCCGGUUAAGGGUUACAUAGACCUGUAUCUAAUAUGUUCCUUGGGUUUCUGGCAUAAAGCCAUAAAUAUGUCAUAACAAUAAUACCACAACAUUCACAUUAAACAAUCGUUACGCGUUUAGAGUGGUCGAAAGCGUUAAGGAAACGGUAUAAAUUUUAAAUAUGACUUUAAACCAUCAACUAUAUACGACAUACAAAAUCCCACUGUAUGCUACGGAGUAAGAAGAAGAUGGUACUUUAGAAAGAACUCAAAUGAUCGUCUGAACGCUUGGGUGUCAAUCGCAUCAAAAAUGGCUGUUUCGCAAUUGGUGGAGAAGCUAAAGUUUGGCGACAGGUACGUUUUGGUGAAUUUCGUCGUGAAGCCGGUGGAAGAUCCACCGUAUAGCGGCUCCCGGGUGGGGUUUGGAUUUGCGGAGCGAAACAAGUUUCUCUCGAGCGAAAUAUGGCAUUCGUUCGUCUACCCGAAGCUUUUUGAAAUAUUUGAUCAAAAUUUGGCUUUGAUUGGUGAAAACCUUGAUCCGGCGUACGAAAAGGAUAAGGAUUAUUACUUGAAAUGUGUCGAGCGUCCCUACCUGGAAAUGAGGGUUAACUUCCGGGAUGGUUCGUAUCGCAACAGAUUGAACAUUUUGUUUCAAGAGGAGCUGAGAAAUUUACACCAAUCCUGCUUUUUUGUUGAAAUUAGAGAUCAAGGGCGUACUUUUGUGGAGAUGAUUAAGCGUCGCGACGAGUUUAUUGACAAACUGUUAGAUGAGAACAAAAGAAUGAAGGCGCAGAUCGCGGCUCAUGAAUCAGGCGCUCCGAAAGACGCUACCGGAGUAGAAGGAAACGAUCCGAAGCCAGUUAAAGAGCACGUGCCCGAGGCUCCGCCCGCCCAUCCAGCCCUUAUCAAAAGAACCUACAAACCGUCAGCCGAUAGCUCCCAACCCGGUCCUUCAUCCGCACCCGACUUUUACACAACGAAAAUUCUCGGUAAAUCUCCAACACGCCAAAACUCACCGAGCGGCUCAACCCUUUCGCUCGAUGCUGUUAGUAGUACGGACAGUGAGAAUGGGCAGAAGCAAGGUUUUUUCACGGAAAGCCCGGACGAGCAGGCUACACAUCUUCAGAAAACGGCAGACAUACAGAAGCAGGAAGACUUGGGAGGGCCGAGCAAAACGAAAAGGCACAAGGCUAAGAAAACUCAAGGCUCAACCCUUUCGCUCGAUCCUAUUAGUAGUACGGACAGUGUGUAUGCUCCUACUACUUCUACACGGGUAUUACGAGCACGGAGCAGUAAACCGCUGGCGCGAGGUUUUUUCACGGAAAGCCCGGACGAGCAGGCGUGUAAAAUGGCAUGGCAGAAAAUGGCAGACAAACGGAAGCAGGAAGACUUGGGAGGGCCGAGCAAAACAAAAAGCCACAAGGCUAAGAAAGCCACAAACAACGAUCAAGAUGAAAAGGAAGAAGAAAAACCUAAAGUGCUCAAUUGCACCGACAUGCCUGAAUCGGAAAUCUUAGCCACAUUUGCCGACUACAGGCAGGAGCUGCACGAAAUAUUUCUGAAGCACAAAGAUGAACUAGAAGAGCAGUGGAUGGCGAAUAAGGAGCUGGUCUACUAUACAGACGUUGCUCACUUGUUUAAUGAGGAUCAGAAGAUGGCCAUGAUGCAAGUACUGGAAAAUGAAUUUGUGCCAAUUGAACUGAAUGGAAAGUACACUGAAUUUUUUACCUCCACUCUGCUGAUGGAAUGGAUUAUACGUAUUUUCAUGAAGCGGUACAAAUUUACAACUCGCCAAGAGGCCUUAAAACUCAUCAAGAAGCAGGAAGAGGAGGUCCUUGAAUACAUUGCCAGAGAUUGGUAAUAAGCCACCAUAUGUGAUCUGAUCAUGGUUCCUUAACAUUUACAUUUGUUUUACAAAUUUCUCAUUGCCAUUUUUUUGUAUUUAAUAAAUACGGCAGUGCGGCCGGUUUGCUUGCUUGGUUGCUACAUUACCCUUUACGCUUAUCUGCUUCCAUCAAUGCUUAUUGCUUAAAAAAAAUCAAAAUAUGAAUAAAAAUUCAAUAGCAAGUAAGGAAACGACAAUGUGUGGUGUAAUUCUUUGCAUGAUUUC